GUGGUGGCUUCAGUUCAGUUCGGUACUUGGUGGGUAUUGCGUGCUCUCCACAGCAGACAGAUAUGACGAAGCCAACAAACAAAUGAACUCUCACGGGUAUAAAUAAGGUUUCGAAGUCUGGAGGCAGUGAGCGGAAGAUUCUUUCCCUUGGCUGUGGUCUGACCACAGCGCUGUGACUUCACCCAUCACAUUUUCCCAGUUUGGGAAACAGUUGUUUAUUCCAGCCACCGCAAAAACAAAGCAAUCAUGAGCACGCAUGAUUCAGAUGUGCACACCAUCUCUCCGGAGCUGCCAGCGAUGUUCGAUGGUAUGAAGUUGGCGGCAGUGGCGACGGUCCUCUACGUCGUAGUGCGCUGCCUAAACCUCAAGAGCCCCACUGCACCCCCAGACCUCACCUAUCAAGAUACACCCCUCAACCACUUCCUGCUCAAGUCCUGUUCUCAGCUGACCAAAGAGUACAUUCCCCCAUUGCUGUGGGGCAAGAGUGGUCACCUCCAGACGGCCUUAUAUGGGAAACUUGGUCGGGUGAGCGCACCCCAUCCCAGUGGGAUCAGGAAGUAUUUACCCAUGCAGGACGGGGCCACUGCAACUUUUGACCUCUUUGAACCAGUGGGGGACCAUCGAACAGGAGAUGACAUCACCAUGGUGAUAUGCCCUGGUAUAGGUAACCACAGUGAGAAGCAUUAUAUCCGAACCUUUGUGGAUUACGCCCAGAAGGACGGCUACCGCUGUGCUGUGCUGAACCACCUCGGAGCUCUACCCAACAUCGAACUCACUUCGCCACGCAUGUUUACCUAUGGGUGCACAUGGGAGUUUGGCGCCAUGGUUGGGUACAUUAAGCGGGCGUAUCCUGAAACCCAGUUAAUAGUGGUUGGCUUCAGUCUAGGUGGAAACAUUGUCUGCAAGUUCCUGGGUGAGAACAUGUCCAACCAAGAGCGAGUGCUAUGCUGUGUCAGCGUCUGCCAAGGUUACAGUGCUCUCAGGGCCCAGGAAACAUUCCUACAGUGGGAUCAGUUCAGGCGUUUCUAUAAUUUUCUUAUGGCUGACAACAUGAAGAAAAUAAUCCUCUCACACAGGCACAGUCUAUUUGGGGGAAACUCUGUAAAAAUGAUAGCUGGAGAUCUUGGUCGGCUAUACACGGCAACUUCCCUCAUGCAGAUCGACGACAACAUAAUGAGGAAAUUCCAUGGCCACAGCUCUCUCAAAGAGUAUUAUGAGAAAGAAAGUUGUGUACAUUAUAUUCACAAUGUAAAUGUACCACUGCUGCUUGUGAACGCUGCGGAUGAUCCUCUGGUUCAUGACUCUCUGCUCAAAAUCCCCCGCACGUUGGCAGAGAAGAAGCCAAACGUCAUCUUUGCCUUGACACUACACGGCGGCCACCUAGGCUUUUUCAAGGGCGCUGUGCUCUUCCCCAAGCCCCUCACCUGGAUGGACAAAGUGAUUGUGGGCUACGCCAACGCAAUAUGCCAGUGGCAGAAACAGAAACCGCCGUGCCAAAGCGACCACCUGAGUGAGAGUUCCUGCACUAAGGAAAAAGCCUAAAACCUGUCUCUCGAUCUCUUUUUCCUCACUUCCUGACCGUAAACCACACAAGACUCGUCUGUCCCAGCACCGAGGAGCCACGUGGAAGUCCUCCCGCUCUCCUCUGCCUUCUUCUUUGGUGCUGCUCACUGCUGCAGACCUCUGCGCCCGCCACACGUCCCCAUGCCUUCAGCAACCGUCGCAGGAACAAGCAACUGCCUCUGGGAAGUUCAGAGCAGGAACACAUUGUUUCGUGACGUGUGCUCAAUGGUGACCUUUUGAGAAUGAAGGCAUUGACCAAAUAUGAUAUGAUGUGGACCACAAAAGUGAGCCCAUCUGAGUAGUGUAGUGCUGCGCUUGGUGCCCAUUCUUGAUCACUGCUUAUCACCGCCCAUACUGCCUCAAUGCAGCGUCUUUGUACUAUCCAUGUCAUUCCUAAAUAUAGUUUCUGCGUCUGUGUGUAGAGUUGAAGACUGGGGACAUCUUGUAACACUAUGAUUGGUAGGCCCGAUCUGCUGUAGUUUGUAGAAAUUUAGCGAAGUUAAAACAAUUCAACAAUAUCUUGGUAGGAUUUUCCACUCAGCUCAACCCCCAAGUCACUUUGUUUAUGCGUGGAACUUGAAGAGGAACAAAGUCGAAGUGCUCGUGAGCAGGGAUCAACACCCAAAUUGGAUCCAUGCACAUUCCCCCAUUUACAUUCUAAUACUCUGAUUCUGUGCACUUUAUAGCUCCACCCCUCCCAUCGCGUUUUAUUAUUAUUAUUUUUUAUUUUUUGCUUUCUGGUCGUGAGAGCAAAAAUUGGGUGUAUGAUAAUGAAAUUCCAAUGUUCCCCGUGUUGUCUGUUGUUGGGGUCAUCGCAACCUAAUUCUCUUCCGUUCGCCUUUGACCGGCUGCAGCUUCAGUCGAGACGCUAACCUACUGCCAGUGCUCAGAGGCCGGAGCCAACAUGUCGCUCAAUGGUCAAAUACAGUAAACCAAAACGUUGGUGUGAUUUUGUACCAGUAAAGGGACAGUUCGGCAUUGGGAAGCACACUCACUUACGAGCUUGGUUAAAAUGAUCUCAGCUGUGAGGUAGGACUAGUUGAAGGGCCAAGUUACCGAAGGAUGAAACGCGUUUAGUUUUGUGGACUGUUUGAACAAUACUGGUGAUUGUCAUGUUAUAUUAUUAGCCAGUGAACAAUGCACGUAUGUAAGGAAGGGAGUGUCAAAAUCUUUGGUGUUCAGUGCUGGAGUGCAGCUACUAGAACAAAACAAAACAAAACAAAACAAAAAUGCAGUAAACUGAUCUUGACCGACUUACUUAAACAGUAAUUAUUAGAGAUCUGAUUGCAAAAUUAAGGAUGUUCUCCCAAGGCGAAGUAACACCUUUCACUCUUUAUUUUGAAUAGCGUGAUGAGACAGAUGAGUUUAUUUUAAAAUGAAAAUGCAACAAGAGAUUACAACUGUUUAUGUUGAAAGAACCAGCACCUAUCUCGGAUAAAACCUGAUUGAAAUCUCACAUAAGGGGUCAGACGUUUGUAUGUUCACCACCAUACUCUAAAGUAGUUUUUUUAAACAAUUUUUUUUCUUACAACGUUAGAAAAAAGUACACAAUAGAAUGCACAAUUUACGCAAUAGCUUGUAUGUACCCGUUUGUCAGUACAGGGCUGGCUGAUGGUGUCCAGCACCUUCAGCAACAAACUAAUAGUCUUCACUCUUCACCCCAGCUUCCGUUUCUCAGUCAGGUAAAUAUGAUCCCAGUGUUUGCAUCCAUCCCAGAUUUCUCUGUUUCUUCUUUCCGGUUGUUUUUCCAUUCAGAUUUGAUGAGGUUUUCAAUACAGUGCAAAGUGGCGGUGUCUUUGUUGCAGAAUUUGGUUGUAACAUUGACAAAGAAACUAAAUAGAACCAUGAGAGAUCUAUUACUUACAGACAUCGUGGCGUUUACACAAACGUCACCGUAACCACAACUCACCCAGUGUGACGCCAUCGGUUGAUUUGUUUGUUGAAACCAGCCAGUACAUCAUGAAUGAAAAUUGUUUUUUUUUUUUACAUCAAUCAACUUUACAAGUGUUUUUUUUUUUUUUUUUUUUUGUAAAUGAUUCUUGUGGAUGUAUUAUGUAAGAUGUCUUGUUUUCCAAAUACCCGGAGACAUACUUUCCGAAAUCAUCACCUCGACAACAACCAAAAUAAUUGACUUCCCCGAAUAAUAGUUUAAGAAGUAUUUUAAAACUAUUUAUUUAUUUUGAAGUAUUUAAGAUGGGGUAGAAAAAAAACUAAAGGCGAGAAUCCAUCAAAAGAGAUUUACAACCCCAAUUCCAAUGAAGUUGGGACGCUGUGUUAAACAAAAAGAAAAUACAAUGAUUUGCAAAGCAUGUUCUACUUAUAUUUAAUUGAAUACACUACAAAGACAAGAUAUUUAAUGUUCAAACUGAUAAACUUGAUUGUUUUUAGCAAAUAAUCAUUAACUUCGAAUUUUAUGGUUGCAACAUAUUCCAAAAAAGCUGGGACAGAUGGCAAAAAACACUGAGAAAGUUGAGGAAUGCUCAUCAAACACCUGUUUGGAACAUCCCACAGGUGAACAGGCUAAUUGGGAACAGGUGGGUGCCAUGAUUGGGUAUAAAAGGAGCUUCCCUGAAUUGCUCAGUCAUUCACUAGCAAAGAUGGGGCGAGGUUCACCUCUUUUUGAACAAGUGCGUGAGAAAAUAGUCGAACAGUUUAAGGACAAUGUUCCUCGACGUACAUUUGCAAGGAAUUUAGCGAUUUCAUCAUCUACGGUCCAUAAUAUCAUCAAAAGGUUCAGAGAAUCUGGAGAAAUCACUGCAUGUAAGCGGAAACCAGGCCGAAAACCAACAUUGAAUGCCCGUGACCUUCCAUCCCUCAUGCGGCACCGCAUCAAAAACCGACAUCCAUGUGUAAAGGAUAUCACCACAUAUCACUCAGCAACACUUCAGAAAACCAUCCAUCCAUUUUUCUGAGCCGCUUCUCCUCACUAGGGUCGCGGGCGUGCUGGAGCCUAUCCCAGCUAACAUCGGGCAGGAGGCGGGGUACACCCUGAACUGGUUGCCAGCCAAUCGCAGGGCACAUAGAAACAAACAACCAUUCGCACUCACAUUCACACCUUCGGGCAAUUUAGAGUUGUCAAUUAACCUACCAUGCAUUGAACAUUAAAUAUCUUGUCUUUGUAGUGUAUUCAAUUAAAUAUAGGUUGAACAUGAUUUGCAAAUCAUUGUCUUCUGUUUUUAUUUAUGUUUAACACAACAUCCCAACUUCAUUGGAAUUGGGAUUGUAUGAAUAUCAGUGUGAUGUAAAUAGGACACUAUGGUGGAGGACCUGAAAUCUGUAAGAGAAAAUGAAUUUAUCUGUACCCAGUCCAUCUAAAAUCUAUUUUUAUUUUUUAUUUUUUUUCCCCAGGAGAACUAAAUGAUUGAAUAGUAGAAUCCAAAAACACCCAUCAGGUUAGAGUCAAUCUUGCUCAGCAUGUGGCUGAGAGUCCACAGUAACAAUGUUAAGCCACAGUAAAUAUGCAGCUUUAAUUUUGUUUGCGUUUUUUUGAGAUGAAAUACCAAGAAGGGAUGUCAGGAUGACAAGAAAGGUGCACAUACUAUUUCUCAUUUUGGACAAUGAGUAUUUUUUAUUUCCUUGUUUUCUUUUUCAAGAGUCAUUAUAUAAGCAAUUAUUGUUAUUAUAUUGUGAAAUAAAUUUUGUCGCCAGAAUGUU